AUGUCAGUGGCAGCAUGUGUUGGUGGUAGUGUGGUAUUACUUCGAAUUUCAUCACCAGCUUAUUCGGUUGUUCGUAACUUGUUACGUCCAAGACGAAAUAUACCAUUCCGAGGAAUUUACAAGACUGAGGGCGAUUUGGUACGGAAAGAUGAUCUCUUAGUGUGCCAGCACAAAAUGAACUUCCAUCCUGGCUUAAAUGUUUAUUUAAAAAGAGAUCGAGGUGGACAACUAUUACUCAAAGCGAUAACGGAUGGUCACGUGAUGAUUACUCAAGAAAAAAUAAAUCCAGACUUCUCUAUACCUGAAAUGCUGAUUUAUGAAGAUAUGGAGGAAGUUUAUAAAUUAACAUUCAAUGUGCUUCCACUAGAUAUGUCACAGUCGUUUAGGUUAUUAAAUGAAAUUUGA